AUGCUAGAGUUGGUGAACCAGGAAUGGAUGGGUGACACUUUCCCCGACCAGUGGAAACACAGCUUGAUCGUCCCAAUCCCCAAACCGAACUCCACAGGGCACGAGGUGGACAAAUUUAGACCCAUUUCGUUGACCUGCUGUGCGUCUAAGCUGGUUGAAAGAAUGUUAAACAGGAGAUUGAUCCUGUACCUGGAGGAAGGGAAACACCUGGACCACCGACAGCAUGCUUUUAGACCAGGCCACGGAACCAGCACAUACCUCGGCUCCCUCAGCGAAGCUUUAUCGUCAAUGUCCGCAAAUAACCAUCACGCUGAAUUGGUUGCGCUUGACCUAUCGAAGGCCUACAACCGGGCAUGGAUGCCAGGUGUUUUGGACCAGUUGAUAGCCUGGGGUCUAAAAGGACACGUGUUGAAGUUCAUCCAGAACUUCCUCUCGCACCGGACCUUCCAGGUUGUCCUGGGGAACUGCCGAUCCAAGAUUUUCGACGAGGAGACUGGCGUACCGCAAGGGUCGGUGAUAGCGAUGAAUGGGGUAUUCACGAGGUUGCCGGUCGGAAUAUUCAUUUUCGUGUAUGCAGACGACAUCGUCCUUAUGGCAAUUAAGGAGACUGUCAAAGCGCUUCGAAGAAAAAUUAUUCAAGCCACGGCCUACAUCUCGAAUUGGGCAUCAAACGCGGGAUUCCAGAUGUCCGCAGCAAAAAGCGGGUACACUCAUAUUUGUCCGUCCAAUCACCGGAUCCUCAGCACGAAGAUCAGCAUCCAGGACGAGGUAAUUCCGUUCAGAAAAACCCUUCGGAUACUUGGUGUGCAUUUCGACCGCUCUCUUACGUUCAACACGCACCUGAACGAGGUAAAGAGUGCUUGCAAACAGCGCCUAAACAUCCUGAGGACACUAGCAGGCCGACAUCCUAGCGCCAACCGGACCUCACGCUUCAAUGUUGCGAAGGCUAUAGUAAACUCGCGGCUGACAUACGGCAUCGAGGCUACGUACCUUGCCAAACCACGCCUGGUGGAAAGGCUUACACCAGUCUACCAGCAAGCACUUCGGAUUUCUUCCGGACUCCUUCCUGGUACCCCCGGGAUCGCCGCCUGCAUCGAGGGAGGAGUACUCCCCUUCGACCGCCUGAUUACCGCGACUAUAUGCAAACGCGCCAUCGGGCUGAAUGAGAUAACGUCAGGUACAGACGAGGAAGGUUCCCUCCUAAAGGAGGCCAACAAGUUCCUCAGGGAAAUCUCCAACCGAGCUCUCCCCCCAGUGUGCAAGACACAUUGGGUUGGAGCCAGAGGCUGGAACAAACCGCCAAUUAAGACCGACCACACCAUCAAACGGCACUUCAAGGCUGGUUCCAAUCCCUCUGCGGUAAAUCAGGCGGUAUUGGAUUUGCAGAGAAGGACGUACGCUGGAUACGCCAUCCGUUACUCGGACGGUUCCGUAGCCCAGAAAAGGGUGGGCAUCGGCAUCUCCGGUGACCACCUAAAGGAGUGUCAUAGGCUCCCGGAUGAGUGCUCUAUUUUUUCCGCCGAGGCAGCCGCAGCUUUUAUCGCAGUUACUACCCCGGAUACACGGCCAAUCGCACUUUUCACAGACUCUGCUAGUGUAGUCACUGCACUUGAAUCCGCAACCAGCAGGCACCCCUGGAUACAGGCCAUCCAAGAGUACGCGCCACCCAACACGGUAUUCAUUUGGUUGCCUGGACAUUGCGGUGUAAAAGGGAAUGAGGAAGCUGAUCAUCUCGCCGGAUCAGGCCGUCGUAUGACCAAAUAUACCCGGAAGGUCCCCGGGCAGGAUCUGAAGAAGUGGGUCACCAAGACCGUAGACCAAUCCUGGAGCCGGGACUGGCUCGCCGGAAGUAUACUGUUUAUACGGAAGAUAAAAGGGGACACCAGCAGAUGGGAGGAUCCACCCCUCCACCGUGAGCAGGUUGUUUUAUCGCGACUCCGGUCCGGCCACACAAACGUCUCCCACAACUAUAAGGGGGACGGACCCUUCCGGAGGAUAUGCGACCACUGCCACAUCCCACAGACCGUCGAGCACUUCAUCUGCAUAUGCCCGAAAUACGAUGGAACCAGGAGAAGCUACGACAUUUCCGGCAGCAUCCGGGAUGUCCUCUCCGAUGAUCCCGUUCGGACUGCUACGCUGUUUAUCUUCCUGAAGGAAACCGGACUCUUCAAUAUGAUUUAA